UAGGGAAGAUCUGAAACAAGCGAGUUGGUAACAUUGUUGAAUAGAAAAAGCUCUUGAAAUAAACGCACAAUUUACAUAGAUGACGGCUAAGCAAUGUUUUAAAUAAAACCAGUGGAUUCGCGAAGUUGCAUAUUUACUCCUGCUUCCUGAGCAAACAUUGGCGCCCCCGGGUGGACUCACUGGUUCUUGGCCGCAUUCUCGUCGGCACCCAUAGAGAGGUGCAAUAGAACGUCGUCUUUCGUCGCUGGAGCACCCGGAGAGGGGUGAGCCCCAUACAUCAUCGUAGAGGGAGCGCACAUCGGCUGCGUCCCUAACCUCCAUUUCGUCACAGGAGAGCAUCAGCGGGCUUCAACCUAACCUCGUCGGAAACACCGAGAAGUACAGCGAUCCGUAUUGUAUAUGGUAAAGUGGCCUACAUUUGUUGGGCGGCGCGGCCCGCUCGAUCGACUGUACUGCGACAAUGCAACCAAUUUUGUUGGUUCCUCACGGCUGCUUCAGGAGAUGGCCUCCGAUGUCCGCAGCACACUGGGAACGUACGGCGUCCAUCACCAGGUUGAGUUCGUCUUCAUUCCGCCCCUUUCGCCUCAUUUCGGGGGCCUAUGGGAGGCCGCCGUCAAGUCCGCCAAACACCUCUUUUUGAGGGCCGUCGGACACGCCUUGCUGAAGGAGGACGAAGUCCAGACGAUCCUGGUUGAAGUGGAAGCAGUGCUUAACUCGCGUCCGCUAGUAGCUGACAGCAGCAACCCUAACGACGGAGAGGCUAUUACUCCAGCCCACAUUCUGGUAGGCACCACGCUCGCUGCUCUACCCCCAGGAUCGGCACCUCCUCAUCCGGACGACGACCUAACUCAUCUACAACGCUGGCAGCUUAUAUCAGCCAUCAAGCGACGGUUUUGGCGAGACUGGUCCCGUGACUACAUAGCUGGGCUGCAGCAAAGAGUUAAGUGGACAAAGGAAUCGGCCAACCUUCUACCAGGAACCAUCGUCGUCAUCAAAGAGGACAAUUUACCGCCCCAGAAGUGGCUGCUCGGCAGAGUCACCGAAGUAACGCACGGAUCGGAUGGCAAGGUGCGCGUUGCUCUAGUAAAAACCAAGCAAGGCGUAUACAAACGCUCAGUACAUCAUCUGGCACCUCUUCCCAUUAAUUGAAGGCCUACAGCGCUUCAACGCGGGCGAUGUUUGGUCAUCUCACUGUUUGUUUUGUUUUCUAUGGUCGUUGCGAUGCCGACUGUCGAAAGCUGCGAGCAGGGGCGUAGCACAGCUGAUAAUCGCUAAUAAAUUACCCCCUACAAGUCGGCAAGCAACGAUCAUACAACAAAAUACCAGAUUAAAAAACUACUAGAUUACCAUAAAAUACUAACUCUAGAUACCAAUGUAAUAGGGAAGAUCUGAAACAAGCGAGUUGGUAACAUUGUUGAAUAGAAAAAGCUCUUGAAAUAAACGCACAAUUUACAUAGAUGA